CAUUGUUGUCAGCGCCGAGGUGCGGCGGCGGCAAAAUCCCAACUACCUGAAAUACAUCGAGAUGAAAGCGUUCAAGUUCCCGGAUGUUGACGACGUGACGUUCACUUGUCAGGUGAACCUAUGCGAUCGGUCGCAGACAUGCGCACUGCAAUGCGAGGCACGUGACGACAUCGCCGAAGACGCCCCCAUCGUCGCUAACGGAAACGGAAAAGGAAACGGAAAUGGUGACAACCGUCGACGCUUCAAGAGGGACGUGCUGCAGGUCGGCCGUCGGCUGCCGACCAGCUCGUCGUCGGCGACGACGGCGCUGCCAGAGCCUAUCCAGCAGAUGGUCGGCAGCGUGCGUGUGCACGCACCGGGCAUCGAGACUGUUGGGACAACCACCGUGGCACCGCCCGAUGACGUCAGCCGACCUAGGAGGCGCCACUGUUUUACCGUGUCGUGGGUCGCUGCGUGCGCUGCCGCUUUCUUCGCUGUUCUCAUGAUUGCCAUCACUGCCUGCAUGUGCCUGUGCGCCCGCUGGCGGCGUCUGGAGAAACUACAAGAUCAUCAGAAAUCUUCGCUCGAGUCGCUGUCCAGUCCCCUCGCCACCAUUCACGGUCUCAUGAACGUCUGCCACAUCCCGCGCCCCUCUCUCAUCAAUCACCCAGCGCCAUCUAUCGACAAGGAAGGGGAAACCAACGAGGUCGCGCCACAGACGCUCACAGAUCGCUUGUGAAGAGCGACCUUCUAGUUUAGACGCCCAAUGUAGACUGUCCCCCGUCGUCCUACGCGUGUGAGGAUGUGCAUUGCGGACCCCGGCAAGAAAAGGAGCCAUCUUACGUAUAUACCGUCUUAAAUUAGUUUUGAUGGCGUUUCCAGAUGGCUCUAUCGAGCUACUGCAGUCUUCAUAGAGGCUCUGCAUGUAUAGGGAUCUCAUCUCAUAGAUCUUAUAAAGAUCUCUAUAAAGGGACUCUAACCGCAGCUCGUGUGAAUUGUGUAUACGGAAUUUGGUGAUUUCCGAGCUGCUUGGAUCUACUGGCUACUACUUAUUUAAAAAUUAUAAUGUCAAAUAACGCGGCAUGUACAUAUAGCUUAAACUGUUCUCUCUAAAUGCGAUCGCAUCACCUCGUAGACGUGGUAGACAGUUGUAAGCUGUCCAUGGCAUUUACAAACACUGAGCAAUUAUUUUAUAUAUGCAGUGGGCGUACUGAUGACGGCUUUUGCGCGUGCCUUGUGUUGUUGUUGUUGUUGACUAAUUGUUAUUAACUUAAGUAGUUAUAAUUGUUACUAACUAAUAUCAUUAAAUAGUUAUUAGCCGUUAUUAUAGCUGAUAUUAUAAAUAACGUUACCCUGUGUGCGUGCGUGCGUGCGUUUGUCGUGUUGUCAAACAGCGCACGCUCUGGCCCCGGCAUUCCAGGGUCGUGUGAUUCCGUGACUAUUGCCGUGUAUGUUGAUGGAAAAUCUGAAAGGUAAAAUCAUGUUAAUGUUUGGCCUGUUCGUGUCUAAUCCCACUCUACGAGUAUGUACACAGGUCUUUUUAUACGACACGACCGCCACGUGUGUGUGCGUGCGUGUGCGUGUGUGCGUGUGUGCGCGUGUGUGUGUGCGCGCGCGCGCG